AAUGGGGUGUUCUCUUAGAGCAGUGGUCACAGGAAAGGAAAUCAUGAAAGAGACACCCCCAAAUGCAGACAAAUCAACAACCCCACUUCACACUGCCCUCUCUCUUUCUCUCUCUUUCUGUUGCUGAGAAGCCAAAAGACACUUUCCUUCUCUCUUUCUCCUUUUUAAGUUUUCCUGGGAGGUGGGCUGGAGAGAGUUUUGAGAGAACUAGUGAGGAGCUAGCAGCCAUGAAUGAAGCUUCUCAUCUUACCAGAGAUGCCUCCAUGGAAGCUUUUGAGGAAUUCAGGGAAGGGCAGGAGACAGAAAGAUCAAGCUACAGAUUGGUGUUACCAGCAGAUGGAUAUGAAUGGAAAAAGUAUGGCCAGAAGUUCAUAAAAAACAUUGGCAAGUUCAGAAGCUAUUUCAAGUGCCAAAGGACAGGUUGUGGGGCAAAGAAGAAGGCAGAGUGGACUCCCACAGAGCCCAGUGACAUUAAAGUUAAAUAUGAUGGAAAGCACACCCAUGACUCUUGGGCAUACUCAGUCCAAUCAGAAGGGAAUUCCACUGCUAGCACAGCCACCAACCAGUAUAACUUGUUCACACAGGUGUUUGGAGAUCAAGACUCUUCCAUUAGGCAUCAUGAUACCAAUUGAAUCCUGCCCUUUUUUAAGUGCAGCCAUUGUUGAUAUAUUUUGUACAUGUACAUGACCCAGAAACAGACUAUUCCCUAAUUUCUGUGAAUCAAUUUGGUUGAUCAUUAGUGGCUUUUACUGCAAAGGACUUUGUUUUUGUUUUCUCAACUAUUAGAUGACGAUCAUAGACAUGCAAUUAAUUCCUCUUUCACUGUUUCUCA